GGCGAGAACGGUCUCGUAGAGUCGCGCGUGAAAUCCACCUCCCGCGCUCAUUUUACCGGUCGUCGGACUCGGCUUUCUCCCGUAAUUCCUAGUCUACUCAUUCUACUCAAUUAUUUUCAGUCGUCGACUGUUGACUUUCUCCACGACUCCACCGAUGUUCUAAGCCUCUCUUCUCUGAAAGUGCUUAGAAUCCUAGCCGCUGGCUAGGGUUUAUCUCCCCUCACCGCAAUUCGGAUCUAUCCAGAAAUGAAAUCCGGCGGGAUUCGCGUGAUUUUCCUGAUCUGUUUAAUCCUCUGCGACGCCUCCAAAUUCGUCCGCGGCGGCGAUGAGCCGGCCAAGAACAAGUUCCGGGAACGGGAGGCCAGCGACGACAACCUCGGCUAUCCAAACAUAGAUGAGGAUGCGUUGUUGAAUACACAGUGCCCGGCGAAAUUGGAGCUUCGAUGGCAAACGGAAGUUAGCUCCAGUGUUUAUGCUACUCCAUUGAUCUCAGAUAUCAAUAGUGAUGGAAAGCUCGAGAUUGUGGUGCCGUCUUUUGUUCACUAUCUUGAAGUUUUGGAAGGCUCCGACGGAGACAAACUCCCCGGUUGGCCUGCUUUCCAUCAGUCGACUGUACAUGCAAGUCCUCUUUUGUAUGAUAUUGAUAAGGAUGGUGUGAGAGAGAUAGCUUUAGCAACCUACAAUGGUGAAGUUCUCUUUUUCAGGGUUUCAGGCUACAUGAUGGUAGAUAAACUAGUAGUACCUCGUAGGAAAAUAAAAAAGAAUUGGUAUGGGGGUUUGCAUCCAGAUCCUGUUGAUCGUACUCAUCCAGAUGUUCAUGAUGACCUUCUAGUCAUGGAAGCCACUAAAAUGAAUGCAACUCCUCAUGAAAGUUCAACUGAAGUCAACAAGUCUAGUACUGUUGCAACAGAAAGUCAUCCUGCUGUCAACACAUCAACUCCAGUUUCAAAUGACAGCCGCCCUGAUGUAAAUACUUUUACUACUGUUUCAAAAGAAAGUGAUCCUGGUUUAAAUACUUCAGCUCCUAUUACGAACAAAAGCCACCUUAGCAUGGUCAACGCAUCAAAUCCAGAGAUUGAGGAAAAAGCAAAUUCAAGUCAAUUAGAAACAGACAUCAAGCUUCCUACAAGCACAGAUAAUACAACCGUCAAAAAUGUGUCAGUGGAAACUCUUGCUGGAAACGGAACUAGUUCUGGAAGACGGCUUUUGGAAGACAAAUCACAGGAUGGUGGUUCUGAAUCCAAAGAUAAUAGUAACGAGGACAUUCCUGUUGCCACUGUAGAAAAUGAUGGUCUUCUUGAAGAGGAUGCUGAGUCAUCGUUUGAGUUACUCCGUGACAAUGAUGAACUGGCCGAUGAGUACAACUAUGACUAUGACGAUUAUGUUGAUGAGAAAAUGUGGGGAGAUGAGGAGUGGGCUGAAGAGCAACAUGAGAAAAUAGAAGAUUAUGUCAAUGUUGACGCACACAUCUUGUGCACACCUGUCAUAGCAGACAUUGACAAUGAUGGAGUAUCAGAAAUGGUUGUUGCCGUGUCUUACUUCUUUGAUCACGAGUACUAUGACAACCCAGAGCAUAUGAAGGAAUUGGGUGGCAUUGAAAUAGGAAAGUAUGUAGCUGGUUCCAUUGUUGUUUUCAACCUUGAUACGAAGCAAGUGAAGUGGACUGCUGAUCUAGAUAUGAGUACAGAUACUGGAACGUUCCGUGCUUACAUAUAUUCAUCUCCAACUGUCGUUGAUUUGGAUGGCGAUGGGAACCUGGACAUUCUUGUCGGAACUUCGUUUGGCUUGUUUUAUGUGUUAGAUCAUCAUGGUAAGGUGAGGGAAAAGUUUCCUCUUGAAAUGGCUGAAAUUCAAGGAGCUGUUGUUGCUGCUGAUAUUAAUGAUGAUGGAAAAAUUGAACUAGUGACUACCGAUACUCAUGGAAAUGUUGCUGCGUGGACUGCUCAAGGAGUAGAAAUUUGGGAAACACAUGUUAAGAGCCUAGUUCCCCAGGGUCCGACUAUUGGUGAUGUUGAUGGGGAUGGCCGUACUGAUGUUGUGGUUCCAACAGUAUCAGGGAACAUAUACGUUCUUAGUGGCAAAGAUGGGUCGAUUGUUCGUCCUUAUCCAUUUAAAACUCAUGGGAGAGUUAUGAGUCAAGUUCUGUUGGUGGACUUGAGUAAAAAAGGAGAGAAAAAGAAGGGACUCACUCUCGCUACAACAUCGUUUGAUGGAUAUUUAUACCUUAUUGAUGGACCAACAGCAUGUGCAGAUGUUGUUGAUAUUGGUGAAACUUCAUAUAGCAUGGUCUUAGCAGAUAAUGUUGACGGUGGCGACGAUCUUGAUCUUAUUGUUUCAACCAUGAAUGGCAAUAUUUAUUGCUUCUCGACUCCUGCUUCACAUCAUCCCCUCAAGGCAUGGAGAGUACCUAGUCAGGGGAGAAAUCAUCCUGCAUAUAGAUACAACCGUCAAGGUAUCUUUGUUAAACAUUCAUCCAGAGCUUUUCGUGACGAAGAGGGUAAGAACUUUUGGGUGGAGAUUGAGAUCAUAGAUGACUAUCGAUACCCAUCUGGGUUGCAAGCCCCAUAUAAUGUUUCAACAACCUUGUUGGUUCCUGGUAAUUACCAAGGAGAGAGAAGGAUAAAGAAAAACCAGAUCUUCAAUCGUCCUGGAAAGUAUCGUAUAAAGCUUCCAACAGUUAGCGUGAGAACUACUGGGACUGUGGUGGUCGAGAUGGUUGACAAGAAUGGACUCUAUUUUACAGAUGAUUUCUCCCUCACAUUCCAUAUGUAUUACUACAGACUGUUGAAGUGGCUGCUUGUCCUGCCAAUGAUUGGGAUGUUUGGUGUGCUUGUAAUCCUUCGUCCACAGGAAGCUAUGCCUCUGCCAUCAUUUUCACGUAACACCGACUAAGUUGUUUCGACCUUGAUCUAAACGUCACACAUCCCCAGCUUCAUGGACAUCAUGUCAGGAUACCAAUGGGGUCUACAGCAGCAUCAACUUCAGCAGCCAUUCUUUAUGGCUUAGUUAGAGAUGUGUUACCCGAAAUUGCGUGUUGAACUAUAGAUUCCGGAACUUUGUAAAAUAGUUGAAAUGAGUUAGGACUACAGAAAUGAUCACCAGAUCAAGUUUUUAUCUUCAUGUUGUUAAGAGGUCCUCUAGGUAACGGAGAUAUAGAGGCCGGUAGUGUUUGUUUUCUUCUUUUUACUAAUAAUAUUACACUCAAAAUUCAGCUA